AUCUGUGGUCAAAGGAAAGGAGAGAAGAAAACGAAUUCAGAUACGAGAGGGAGUGGAAUGCUAAUAAAUUUCCUAUUUUAUAAAUGAAAAAUAUCGUUGUCUCUGAUAUGAUGAGAAUAUCAAUGAGUUAUUUUUAUAUUAGAUGGGCGUAGAUUUUCACGACUAACUCUUUGGUCAUAAACUAUAAAUAUGCCUUUCAAACUGAAGUUGAAAAAGUCCAAACAUUACAAUGUUGUAUCCAAAACAGUUUUUGUUAUAUCAGUGGAAAUGUUGGAUAACAUUACUGUUGAAUGUACACUCACUUCAGAAAGCACUGGCCAAGAAUGUCUUGAAAUAGCUUGUCAGAAACAUGGAAUCAUGCAACCAAUGUUCUUUGGAUUGCAAUAUAUCAGUAGAAAGAAAGAUGUUCCUUGUUGGCUCGAAUUGGACAAACCCAUAAAAAGGCAGCUUGAUAAAUAUGGAAAAAACCUUUGUGUUUAUAUGCGUGUUAUGUACUAUAUUGUUUCUGGAGUACAACUAUUAAAUGAUGAGACAACAAGGUAUCAUUAUUUUCUACAACUGAAAAGCGACAUAGCUGAAGGAAGAAUAGCCUGUAAUCCACAACAAGCUGUUGAGUUAGCUGGUUAUUGUAUGCAGGCAGAGUUUGGAAAUUUUGAUGUUGAGAGACAUACUUCGAAUUAUCUGAAAGACUUCCAACUAUUUCCUAAGACUUUUAAGGAUCCCGCCCUGUUAGAAUCUUUAACGGAAGCUGCCAUACAACAACACUGUGCCCUCAAUAAUUUACCGCAAGGAAUCGCAGAAGAAUAUUACAUCUGCGCUUGUCAAAAGCUUGAUGGAUACGGACAGGAAGUGUACACAGUUAAGAGUGGAAGAACAGGAGAGGAGGCUAUAGUUGGUGUGUCUCUUAUUGGAGUUGGAGUGGAGUAUAUUCAAGCAAAGCAAUCCCGCCAUUUUAAUUGGUCAGAAAUCAGUAAUGUGAUCAACCACAAGAGGGAUUUUACCAUCGAACUGGUAGGGGGCUCUGAGAAAGUUGAGUUUACAUUUCCCGAUAUCGAGAGUGCUAAGGGAUCUUGGAAAUUCUGUGUUCUUCAGCACAUGUUUUACAGACAGCACGAGAUAAGGACACUUUCUCAAAACGAUUCAGAGAAUAAGGAGGUUGCACAGCCGCUCUUCCAGCAAGCAAGUUCGGAGGACAUGCUGAAACAAGUCGAGAGCUACGAAGACAUAACCAACACCCGUCAGCAAUGGGACCGCCCAGUGUCCACCCAAAAUCUGAACCUGCGCGCCCAAUCCACCUCCUGCCUGGACCUCAACAAGCAGACCAACGACAUGGACCACCUCCGCAGUUUAUUACCCUCCUACCGACCUGCUCCGGACUACGAAACGGCCAUGCAGCACAAGUACAGGAACUCCUCGGGCGCCAUCCCCUCCAGAGAACCGAUGAAGAUAUCUAACCACGCCCUCUUGUACAGCUCGCAACCGGAAAUACACCAGACCGAGGCUUACACUACGCUCUUUAGAUAUCCCGACGUCACCCACAACAACAUAGAGCAGAGGAACCUCGCCUCACACAUGUUCAACUCGAACUUCACCAGAUCCCAGAUCCUCGCCACGGAACAGAGGCGCAACAACCUGGCGGAAACCAACGGUAUGGUGCACCUCUACAAACCGCCGCCCCCAUAUCCGAGCAACAAGAUCAGCUCGAACUCCACUCCGGACCUGGCCUGCAUCUCGCACCCGAAGAGGUUCAACUCCAUAGUGAACAACGUGGUGAGCGGUUCCAGUCCGGACCUGGUGUCCACCAGCAACUUCUACCUGAAGCACUAUGGCCAACCGAUGUACCAACAGACCCAACCGGUGCACCGCUCUCAGAGCUACCUGCCACCCCAACAUGACACUUAUGAGAACCUGGCCACGAUCUUCAACAACAACAAUCUGAUGGGAAGGCCCUCUGCCGUUAUCGUGGAGAACCCCAACGUGACCAAGCACAUCAAGAAGGUGUACGACGAGCACGGUAACAUAAUCUACUGCAUGCCGCCGAACAUGAAGCAGAUACUGCAGGAGAACCAGCUACCGAGCACCGGGUUUGUGGUUACGAGGAACCAGAACGCAAUGGUGGCUUGCGAUUCGCAUCUGAACAACUCGACUGAGCCGAUCUAUGAGAAUAUACCCCUGCCGUGGCAGAACGAGGGCGAGAUGAGGGCCAGGACCCAGAGUAUACAUUCGGCACCGGAGAUGAGCAGGAUGAUGGGGGCCAACGAGGUGAACCAGCUGCAGGGCCAGUUCCAACAGAUCAGUAUCGGGAAUUCAGGCAACCCAGACAUCCACAUCGAAUCGCUGUACGCCAAAGUGGACCGCAACAGACAACAACACCAGCAGCAAAACGCUGCCAAACCCAACAGCAGUCUGACCAACCUGCAAGACAACGGACUGAACAGGUCGAGACAGGAGCUACGUUCCUCGAAUCCCAGACUGAACGCCUCUAGUAACGACAAUAACAGUGACACCAUGAGCAGAACUAGCACUUUCAUAGUGAACAAGGACUCCCCCACCUCUUCGCCGAGUCUGAGGAAUUCCAGCUACGCCAACACCAGCGUCAAUAGUGAAGUCACUGUGACCGAUAGCAGCAUGUCCUCGAAUGCCAGUUCCAAGUCCAAGAAACGAAGAUGGGGCAUACUGAUCGGUAGGAGCAAAUCUACGGAGAAGGUGAAAAGUGCAACUUUGGGUCGGGAGAAGAAGAAAGAGGAUAAGAGUCAGAGCAAUAACAAGCACAGGUGGUCUACGGGGUUGCCCAGGUUCAACCCUCUACCCCCUUCGAUUAGCAAGGAAACUAUGUGCCUUUUAUUAGAGAACAAACUGGCCGAUAGUCAGUUAUUUUUCGAAUUUGACAAGAUACCUAAGAAGAAGCAGAAUGCCGACUUUACCACAGCUCUUUUGAACGAAAAUUCAGCUUUCAACAGAUUCAAAGAUGUACUCCCCUACGAAGAUAACAGGCCCAGACUAUUGCCAUCCAAAGAUAAUAAAUAUGGUUACAUAAAUGCCUCUCACAUCACAGCAACAGUUGGAAGUAAGCAGAGGUUUUACAUAGCAGCCCAAGGACCCAAUCGGCUCACCCUGCCAUAUUUUUGGCAGUGCGUUUGGGAGGCCGAGGUCUAUCUAAUUGUGCAACUUACCGAUCUAAGUGAGGAGCUUGGUUACCUUCCUGACGCAGGAGAAAGGUGCAUCGAUGUUGGACAGGAUUUCCAGGUGUGGUGGGAAUUUUCACAGACCACCGGACAUUGUGUCACCAGCAAAAUACGACUGUGCCAUGUUUCUUCUAGAAGGUACCGAAUACUCUGGCAUCUACACUACUCAGAUUGGGGAGAUCAGGGAUGUCCACUCUCAGUAGCCCAUUUCUUAGGUUUCCUCGAAGAGAUGCAAUCCGUCCACCAACACUCGAUGGGAGAGAUACCUCCCGGCCAUAAUAAAAACCCUCCCAUUUUGGUCCAUUGCACCGCGGGAGUUGGUAGGACUGGAUUGACCAUUCUGAGCGAUCUGCUGCUGUAUACCAUAGACCAUAACCAGGAAGUUUGUAUAGCUAGAGUGGUUACCCUACUGCGCUACCAAAGGGCCUACAUGGUGCAGACUAUUGCUCAAUACCGUUUUGUAUAUUCACUUCUAAUACACUAUUUGAAGCAAACAAGGUUGAUUUAAUGUUUGACACAGCGCCAUAUUUUACUGUAACCUAACCAGAAAUCUUGUGGCUAAACCAACAGUAUUGAUUUUUUUUAUUGUAAAAUCUAUUAGGGUUAAUGUUAGUUUUCAACCAAAAUUAUCUGCAUGCUUGGUGAAUAUUUAUUCGACAUCUUUGUUUGAACUGAGUGUGUUAUGGUUGAAAUUGAGGUGAUGCCGUGUGCCAAAAUAUCUAUUUUAUUUCUUCACACUCUACAUUGAUUUCUAACUGACAGAAAAAUUAUUUUCGAACCGUUUAAAGUAAUCUUUGGUUGUUUUCUUAAUAAUUUGAUCAAGUGUUGAAUAAAAUUUUUAAUGGACUAAUUUAUAGAUAGAUCGAUCAAUGAUUCAUGAAAACCACCAUUGAAGUGCAAUAGAUUUUAUUGAUUCAAAUUAAGAAUUCAACUGAAUGGAUUAGUUGAAAAUUCUAAAAACAAUUUAAUUUCCAAAGAAUAUGACUGAAACUUGUUGUAACUAAUUUUGGUUUCAUUUGAAUUUAAAGUAUUAAAAAAUUAAUGUGGUAUAGAUACAUUAUUUAUUCAUAUUUCGAAUCUCAAAAACCACUUACAGUGAUAGUUUUAACAUGGAAAAAAAGAUAUUAAAAACCCAGUGCAGCUCUACCAGUUUUUCAUGAUGAAGUUAUAAUUCCCUUUGAAUUAUGAAAAAUGCAGCUUAAUAUUUUUUUCAAAUAUUUAUAAAAACAAUCCAACAUCAAUUAUUUUGAUAUCUCUAUAUAGAUAUGUAAUUUUAAUUGUAUUAUAUUAUCUUUUUAAUUUGUUUAUUGAAAAAUAUGAAGUUUACCAAUAGAAUUAAAGGCUGUGUAAAUAAAAAAAAUAUAAAUUAUAUAUUGAGGAUUAAAUACGAUGAUGUAAUUGUAUUAUUGUGAUUGCUCACAGUGCCUUAACAAGAAAUUAAAGCAAUAUUGUGGAUAAUUACUUGAAUGUUUUUUGAAUAAAAUUUAUUGUAAAUUAA